CUCAACACAAACUCAACAAUAGAGAGUUCAUUGUCAUCUUAACGGAUUUCAGACACGCUGAGAUUCGAAAUAAUGAAGAUAGAGCUGGAGAAUAUGAUGAAGAAAUUGAUUGAACCAAUGAUGACAAUUCCAGAAAAUUCCGAACUUUUCAUCCAAAGGCAAGUGGAGCCUUCUAUGGUUCAACAAAAUUCAGGGCUUUUCACUCCAACCAUUUUUAUUCCGGAAGAUUUUCAAAGAAUAAAUUAUGCCAUUCCACAACUUGUCUAUUAUCCACCAGUAUUUCCAAGUUCCUGCGCCUAUUGUCAACAUCUUACUCAAUUCAAUCAAACGGUUCCAAAUGUUCAGCGGGUAAAUUUUAACGCACUUCCAAGCUACGAUAAAUAUUGUGCCGACUUGCCGUUUGCAGACUUGCCGACAUUUCAAUAUUUUUACAACUUGGGAAUAGAGUACAGUCAAGGAUUUUACGCAAACGCGGCCGAUCGCAGUGUAAACUACAAUAAUAGAUACAAAAAGGGCAGAAAGUUUAAAAAGUUCUUCAAAAAAUAGUCAUCGCACAGAAAAUAAGAUGGAACGCGAAUGAGGAGAUUACAAUAACGAUCUGAAACUGCAUGUUACUAUUAUUUAAAAGAAAGAAAAAUCAAAACAAUUGUUUAAUUUCUCUCUUGAAUUAUGUCUCAUAUACGCGAUAAGUUGAAAAAUUUUGUUUCUCUAAUAAAAAAUGUUGAAUUUCCAGAAUUAAAAGUACAUUUAAAAGCUUAUUAUUCCG